CAUAAAGAUGGAACUCACCUUUGGUGGGAUUUCGGAUAAGCUUUUCAUCUCUUCAGAAAAAUCUCCCUCCCUACGGUGCCAGAGAAAAGCCGACGCGGAUGGGUCGGAUAUCGGCAGCAGCGGGACUAUUAACGGCAACAGCAGCUGUACCCCACUUCUCUCCUCCCGCCACCGCCGCCGCCGCCACCAGAGCCCGCACCAGAACCAUCCUCGCCUCCCAGACCGCCAGACCUUCUCAUAGAACAAACGGCUCUCCGCCACGGAAGCAACCCUCAGUGGCGGAGGUCGAGCGGGCUAUAGGGGUCGCCAGCGACCCCUUCCAAUCCUCAACGUCGUCAUCCUCUUCUCCAUUUCUGGACUUCGUCUCCUCUACUCCCAUCGGGCAGGCCGAGGGUCCUACGGAGAGGAAGAUCCGUGAGACGGCGGAAUGGGUGGUUGAUCACACCGAGGCCCAUGCUCGCUCCGGGCAGCGGAUUCUGAUGAUGUUGUCUCUCAAAAUCUUGCCAGUGUGGCUCUUGCUUCUCCUGGUCGCAUCUGGGGUCGUAAAGCUUCCAUUUGAUCUCCCAUUUAUGGAUGAUUUAAUUACAUAAGUAUCAAUUAGUAUGUAUGCUUUCUCCAUGUCCUGUUAAAUGUAUGGUGUACAUUCCUGAUGGGAAGUUCUUAUGCAUGAACAAGAUAUCCUGCGAAUGUGUGAACUUAUCGCUGUUACACCCACCCUUUUUGAAUUGAGCAUGUGGAAGUGCUCAAGAUUGUAAAUCCCAUCUUAUUAUGCAAUUAGAAAACUAUUUGACCUUUCUAUGA